AAAAUAAAGCAGUAAACUUCUCUUCGUGUUACCUACUUUAGCACAAUUAAUGUUGAUUUUUUUUGAUGAAAUAUACACAUUAGCUUUCUACAUUUCGAUUGAUUUCUCGUCUAUUGUUCAGAAAAAAAUAAAAGGAUUCAAAAAAGAAGUCAGGCAUGUCGGAAAGUGAAGCUGUCGCAUCUCAACAGAAACAAUCGCAGCAGCAGCCACAACAUUUUCCACAGCAACAAAUUAAUCCAACUUCUAUGGCAAAUAUGAUGUGGCAGUAUCCUCCACCGCCGAACAUUCAACUUUAUCAAUCGUUUUCUAACCAAUUAUAUAGUCAGGGAUAUGAUCAAGGACAAAUGUACUAUUAUCCUCAAGGAAUGAUGACUGGAUAUGGACAACAUUUUAGUGCUCAACAAAUGCAACAACAACAGCAACAACCACAAAAUAAUAAUCCAAGUAACCAAAAUAAGCAGCAGCAACAGCAAUCAAUACCAGGACAACCUAUGGUUUUGGAUGAUGAAUCUGACCUUCCUCCUUUGCCUCCAGGACCACCACCUCCUACUCAAGCACCACCUCAACACAAUAAUCAAUCUCAAACUUCAUUACAGAAUCCAUCACAGUUAUAUAUGUACAAUUCAUUUACAUAUAAUGGAUGGAAUCCAAUGCAAAAUGAUGUGGCUCAAUUCAACGGUCAAGUGAGAUUCAAUUUACCAAAUAAAAAAACUGGACUAGGAUAUGUACCAUCAGGGAAUAGCGGUGCAGCCAAGAAAAAACGUCGGAAGAACAAAAAUUCAGCAGCGUCUCAAUUCAACAAUUCCUUUCAGGCAAAUAACAUAGUAACUAAUUUUACUGUGGGAAGUGAUAUUAAAGCCGAGUUACCCCCAUUACCUCCAACACAGAAUGAACCUCCUGCAUCAGUAACAGCCCCGUUGGCAGCCAAAACUCCUGAAAUCUUAACACCGCCUGCUCCUUCGUCAAGCCCCUUACAGACAAAUCAACAUAGUCCCAGUAAAUCAACGGUAGGUAACAAUCCAGUUACUUCAAGUACAAAUCCAGUUGGAGAUUGGCCAGAUAGUUUGAAGAAUUACGUUAAUCGAUGCUAUGAAAAGUGUAAAACUGCGGUGGAUAAAGAUCAGGUUGAAAUAAUAUUAAAGGGUAAAAUUACACGUGCGGCCAAUGAUGGCUCACUUUGGUGCAAGGAUUGGGACGAAGAACCAUUACCGAGUAUUCAUAGUGAACGUAUGACAAUGACGAUUAAAGCAAAAACCCCAAUAGUUAAACCUAACAAUCCACUGACCGUUUCACCGGGGACUUUACGCAAAACAGGUCUUUCAACAUCAUUAGGUGCGCGUUUAGGUGCACGUUUAUCUAUGGGACAUGGACGAUCUAAAUCACGAACUCGAUCAAAGUCUAAAUCCAGGUCACGUUCAUCUUCUCAUAGUCCACCGGCGCGUAAAUAUAGGCGAAGCAGUUCGUCAUCAUCUAGCGUUAGUGAUCGUGGACAUGAUCACAAAUCGUCGUCGAAAACUAAAAAAUCCAAUCGAAGCAAAACUCAUUCUACGAAGAAGGUCAAGAAGAAUAAACAAUCUAAGUCACAUUUCUAUUCCGAAUUUGGUUUAGCUACAGGCAACGGUGAGGAAUUAGGAUCCAAGGAAAAACUUCAACAACGUGCAGCGAGAUUUAAUGAUUCAGUUACUAGGACUUCUAUCAACAAAGAUGACAACGUCGAGUUUGACUUCACUGGACUCCAUAUCAUUGGUACCUGUAAAGAUAUCGAAAAACCUUAUUUGCGUCUUACCUCGGCUCCAGCUGCAUCUGCAGUACGUCCGGUAAGUGUUCUUCAAUCUUCAUUGGCUCACGUAAAAAAGCGGUGGAAAUUGGAGCAAGAUUACAGAUAUGCGUGUGAUCAAUUAAAAUCCAUUCGUCAAGAUUUGACUGUACAAGGUAUUAGAGAUGCAUUUACGGUACAUGUUUAUGAAACUCAUGCCCACGUAGCACUGGAACGCGGAGAUCACGAGGAGUUCAAUCAAUGUCAAACACAAUUGAGAAUGCUUUACCAAGAUGUUGGUGGCGAGAAUCGUUGUGAAUUUAUUGCUUAUCGUAUUUUGUAUUACAUUUUUACUAAAAAUACACAAGAUCUUACCACUAUUUUAGCUGCUCUAACCGAUGAAGACAAAAAAGAUGAUUGUAUUAAACACGCGUUAAAAGUACGUUCAGCCUGGUGGUUGGGUAACUUCCAUAUUUUCUUCAAAUUAUAUAUGACAGCGCCACGAAUGGCUGGUUACCUCAUGGAUUGGUUUAUCGCACGAGAAAGAAAAAUUGCUCUCAAGCACAUGAUCAAGUCCUAUCGACAAAAUUUGGCGAUUGAUUUCAUCGUAGCAGAAUUGGCCUUUCAAUCUUUGGACAAGUUUUAUGAAUUUGUAACUGAAUUUGGGUUAAUUUAUGCUGACUCUGAACGACGGUUUCUUGAUUGCAAAGCCAGCAGUGGUUUUCUAAGUGGUUGGUAAACCCCACCAACAUUCGUUCUUCCUCUCAUGAAAGUGAAAAAAAUAUACAUCCCUCUGCAAGAGUUAAACCUCGCGCUUGAUUGCGCACAUGUACAUAUUAUGUACAUUUUUUGUAUAUAUAUUAAUUUUAUAUAAGUGUAUUUACUAUACUUAUAUUACAUAUAUGUAUAUAUAUAUUUUCAAUUUAUACAUAUACAUAUAUAAUAUGACCUUUCAUGGUCAUCAGUAAAAUCGUUGCAUUUUCACGUUGUGAGCAAAAAACGUCAGGAUUUUCUUCUCAAAAUACUCCGUCUCACUUUUAUCCAGCAAUAGUUACUAAACAAAAAUUCACACUUAUACAUUUAAUCAUCAGUUCUCUUGAUGGUAUAGAAAGAUCCAUAGAAAUACCACGAAGCAUCAAGAAAAUAUUGAAGUAUCUACGACAUCAAAUAUAAACAAUGCAACAUUCAAUUUGUAAAUAUUAAUAAUUGUAAAUUAAUUCAUUAUUGGACUCUCAACCAGGAUUACAUCGUAUUAUGACUUUGAUUCUGACUCUAAGAUUAUGCAGUCCAAUGACUUACGACUCUAAUGAUCAAUUAUUUUUCAUUAAAAUUAUUUCAUCAUCUUAAUUAAUUAAAGGAGAAAAGAUUUUUUAGUACCUGGAAUUGUUUUUUCUGGAUAAUUUAUUUUUAUGCUGUACGGACUCAUGAUCAAACAAAUAUGAGAAUUAUAUUCAUAAAAUUCAAUGAAAUUGUGGGAAAUCAUCUGUACAUAAUCUACUAAUGAAAAGCGCGAGGAAAAUUAAUUUUUACAAUGAAGAGGAUUAGUAAUUAUUAGUGAUAAGUUACAUUAAUUUAUCAUCAAAAAGGAUUUUUUCAAACUGAAGAAUAGUGAUUCUAACAAACCACCAUUUUUUUAUUCCCAGAUUGAAAUAAAUCGAUGCAGUAUCACAAUAUAAUUAUUCGAUCUCGUUUGUACCGCUACGCCUGGAGAAUCAAAUGUGCAUAAUAAAUUAUUUUUUUUUAAAAAUAAAA